GCCAAGUGUCAACAACGCACGCUUUACGAACUCGAGUUAGUGCGAAUUCGUUGAUAAAGUGCCGUUUCGUGAAAACUUCGUGAGGGUUGUGUGCAAGAGAAUGUCUGCGAAGUCGAUUGUGCCGCCGCAAACCUAUUCGCGUUUGUUUCGUCCUUGGGAUGCUUCCGAGGGAAAGGAUAGUUCCAGCCCUAGCAAGGCUAGUGAUUGUGGUAGUGAUAGAGUGAUAAAGCGGGAACCAUACGAUGUCGCAGUUGGAUCACGGCUGGAGAUGGAGAGCCCUGUUUCGUCUGAACCGAAGUCACCUCUGUUGAGUCCAGUGAAAUUUCCCCUAGCCGACACGCCCGAUUUGGAUACUAUUGGGGCGUUUUUGAGUCAUCCAGCGGAACUGGCGUCGUAUUAUUAUUACUGCAGUCAGCAGAGGUUGGGAAUGGAGUUUCUACCGGCCGGCAUCAACCUUACAGGAUUGCCAAUCGAUCCCAUAACCUAUGAGCAAAUGGAACAGGAGUACUUUCGGGUGCUCAGCGAAGACGCUAAAGCCAAACUGCUCAGCAGUCGUAAACAGCGCCCGAAGAAAUUCAAGUGCCCUCACUGCGACGUGGCCUUCUCUAACAAUGGUCAAUUAAAAGGACAUAUUAGAAUUCAUACCGGCGAACGACCAUUCAAAUGUGACGAGCCGACCUGUGGGAAAACGUUCACACGAAACGAGGAACUGACUCGCCACAAGCGCAUUCAUACCGGGAUCCGUCCAUACGCUUGUCAAACCUGCGGCAAGAAAUUCGGCCGCCGGGAUCAUCUGAAGAAGCACACCAAAACUCACAUGCCCCAGGAACGGUAUACUUACGGGCUGGCCCCGGCGGCUAUGCUGAUGCCGAUGUACACGGCCGCCUCCCAACUGUACGGGUACUAAGCGCGUUCCGGAUUGUUGUAAAUAUAACUAUACGUAGGCCAGUGAUAUGUUGGGACCAGUGAAUAAUAGGUUUAGGAUGAGAAACUUAUUUUCUGAAUGGAUUGAAACGAAAUUUAUGACUGAUGUAUUUUUGUACAAAAUGUUACGGUAAAAAGUUACUAUUAUUUUUUUU